UUUUUAACUCCCAUCGCCUCGAGGCCCAAUCCAGUGACUCCUUGCCCUCUUUCAAUGGAGCAGUCAGCCACACACGCUUAUGAAUGUUGAGAUGCGACUGACUGACGCUGCUCUCUCGAGUAAAAAGAAAAGGACGUUUCAUGGUGUUCAUAUUUAACCAAUGGCUGGCAGCCAUUUUGAAAGCCCUGCGUUCUCUUCUAUCUGAAUAUGAAGAGGAGAAGAUGACCGUUGAUAAAUCUGUCUGAUUGGUAGUGUUAUUCCCUGUCUCACUCUGGAUGAUUAGUCAAAGGGCAGAGGUCAACCUCAGGCCAGUCAUUGCGGCAGCAGUCUGCUGUGCCGGAUUAUCAAGUGUGACAUUAGUCCGGAGAGGUCCGUUGACUUGCCGAUGAUUAACAAUAAGCCCCCGGUACCAGAGUAGCCAACCUUCCUUGGCAUAUUCAGCAGGUAAGGGACCGGGGGAAAUCUAUUUGGCAUUUUCUUAUACCAGGGCCCCAGUUGUGCCCUCGUAACUCUUCCGGGCAGUGUGAAGAAGUGGUUUAUCGGCCUCCAAGGCUGAGGGAAUUCUUAAAGAGCCUACAGGCUACUUCCACAAUCUGGAUUUCUAUUUAACUGCAUAAAAAAAAAAGAACUGCCAUGGAAAAGAACACUCCUGUGUUAAUUUAUUAUGAAGUGUUAAGUCUCCAUGGCAUCUCAAUCAAGUUGUUUACGGGACAUUUUGAUUGACAACACUAGUAAUGUGAGCAGAUUGGGUUGGCAUAACGCAGUGGUAACCAUGUCAACCUUGUGUUCCCUGUUUCAUGUCACCGUAAGAUAAGCAAUAUUUACUUUUGGGUCAUAUAAUCAUCCCCUUCCAUUUUAUUGAUGUUGUCCAUAACUGUAUCACACAUGAUAGUAGUUCAGACUCCACCGACAGCCUGGUCUCACAUCUGCCCUACAUAAACUUUUUCCUGGCAGUCUCUGUGACCUAUGGACUUCAGUUUAGUCAUUAGUUGUGGGCAUGUCACUGUCUGAGAGGUUGGCUCAAAUGGAGAGUUUCUCACAGCUUUGUGCCACACAAAUGAACCAACUGAGAACCACGUAAGAAGUUUGCCAAGAGUUCAAACUUGAUAGUGAAAUCUCUGCACUGACUAAAGAACUUCUGCAAUCCUGACUGUUCCUCAAGAGGAUAUGAAAGGAAUACUAAGUAUAGACAGGUGAGCGUCCAUCGACCCAAAAGUGGGAUUGCAGAUUGCCAGUGAUGUGUAUUGGAAACAUCCUCCACACUGUUCUACUUCCCCUGGAAGGAGCUGUCAUUCCUUUCACAUAGCAACAUGCCUUCCGCCCUGAAGCAUGGCAACAUGGAAAUGAGUUAUGAAUGACAAUGAGAAGACUGCAUCAAAAAGUGGAGCUGCCCAGGUGACAGGUGGAGCCCAAGAUGCCUGUGGAGGUGCCACUCUCAGCCGGUAGUCAUGGACAACAUUGUCCCUGCAGCACAGGAAGUGACAUAAUGUCGGAAGAGGUUGAACGMCGAGUCGCUACCCAGUCUGUGAACAGCCCCUUGCGAUUGGACCUGAUCCUAGAGCACACUGAGCCCCUACUUUCCGAGUCCCACUUCCUGCCUCUACUAGAUAUCAGUGAGGAGCCCCAAGACUGRCUGCCACUGGGAAACUGCUUGAUCCAAGAUGGAAGCCUGUCUCUGGAUGGAUGUGUCCAGUUGGAAAGAAAAUGGGUGCUAUGGCAUGAGUUCAUGAAGGAGUGCUCCUCUCUCUGCGACUGGCUCCAAUUGGCUGAGAAGUCUGCCGACUCCCCGAGAUCUGCCCAUGUGCUCUUUGUCACUGCCAAGGAGGAGCUCAAGAAAUUUGAGAGCCUGAGGACCCAGGCUGGGGCUCGGCUGGUGCAGCUGGACAGUCUGACCCUUAGGAACAGGACCCUGACCAGGCUCUUUGAUGGGGCCAUGCGGUCACGCCUGCUGGGCAUGGCCAAGGACUGUGGUCAGCGCUGGGACCGCCUACAUGGAACCAUUGAGAGUGUCUGCCGCAGACUCAAGCACUGUGUGUCCCAGCGGGAGGAGUUUGAUGGCCAGAGGGAGGAGAUGGCUGUGUGGCUUGCUGACAUGGACCUUAGGCUGACCGAGGUGGAGCACUUCUCUGGAAGGGACACCUGUYWKAAGAUGCGGGAGCUGCAGAGCUUCCAGGAGGCAGUGGGGGAGAAUGCGGGGCGUCUGAACUGUCUCCUGGAGCGGGGUGAGGCGCUAAUCCAGAGGAGCGAGCCAGAGGACGCCCAAGAUAUCGAGGCGGGGCUGCAGGAGCUGCUGCUCUACUGUGCCCAAGUAUUUGAGGGAGUGGGCCAUCUGCACACACGCCUGCUCAGCAUGAGACUGGUGUAUGAGGAUGACUGGGUACUGACUCAAGCCUCUGACUCCGGCUGUCCGUCUGAGAUCCUGUUGGAGCAGGAUGGUGUGUUUGAGAAGGGCAGUGCCCCAGACCAGCGGAACCCCACCAACCUGGACCACAUGGUGCUGGAGUGGGACCCCUCCGUCGACAUCGGGGGCCCCGUCUCCCAAUACGACGUUGGCUUGUCAUAUUUCAGCGCCCACACAGAUCGAGAGAAGCCAUUGGCAAGAGAUGGUGUGAAGAGGCGGAGUUACCUCAGCUCCAUAGGCUCUCAGUCUGAUCUAAAUAACAGCGCAGCAGAGUACAUGAGGCCGGAGAGGAGGUUUGAGUAUGCAGGUCCAGAGGUGUUCUCACCUCCCACUACCCAGAGUGUCAGAGAUGACAGACCUCUACUCUCUGGCUGCUGGAUGACCUCCACGCCCGACGGACCCUACCCGGAGCCUGUGACCUUUGACCCUGCUCGCAUCAGCGCUUGGCUGGGACAGACGCAUGGACACACCGUCCCCUCUAGGGUCCCCUCGGUCCAACAGCGCAGAGCCUGCUCCAAGGCAGUCCAGACCGACAGUACUGGGAAGUCUCCAGAGGAAGAGCUGCACUGCAAUGCCUCAUGGGAGGUGGUCCAUAGUGAGCAACUGCCAAAUGAGUGCCCUGACAGACAAACCCAGUGCAGCUCGUGGCCCCUGCGGGCACUAAAGACUCUGAGGAGCCUAGUGUUCCUGGUCGUCCUGCUGGCUGUGUUCCUAGCCCUGCUGGUCUGGCCCACAACACUCCUCAUGGACUUAGAGUGCCACCGCUCCAACUCCUUUGCCCGCACCUUCCAACUGGCCCUGAGCUACGUCAACGGGCCCCCGCCAACCUGAGGGACAAAAGUGUCCCAGAAGGUGGUCACAUCAAAUCCGUGGUGAGCCCUGAACACACCUUAUUCAGGGGGGACAGUCCCAGAAUGCCUUUCCAUUUCAAAACCAUGAGUAAGGCAUUAACAAGGAGGCCGCAUGAGAAAAGAGAGAAAUUAAGAACUAUUAGGCCCAAUAAAAAUGUGGCCUUGGUAUUUAUUAUCUGAAUCCCUCCACCAUCCUGCUGGCAGAAGUAGCUCAUCUCUAAUGGCAUUCAUAAUGUCUUACUAUGCCAGGGUAGCACUUUUGUUGAUUGGUCUGUCAUGAUGGAUUUGUAACUUAUUUAUGUGGUGAUUAUAAUCUAUAUGGACGACUUAAUGACGGCAAAUACUUUGAGCAAUUCUCUUUUGGGCAUUUGAAAUGAUCUGUAUAUCAAUAUUUAUUAUGUCAAAGCUAGAGAGAGCUUUCGAUUUAUUCUGCACUCUAUAUUGCAAGCGCUUGGGACUAUUGGUUCUAUCUGCAUUUUUGUCCAAAUUGAGUUAUUGAUCAAGCCUUGUUCUGUUUAAUGUUCUCUACCUAUAUAGUACUCUAAACACCCCAAUCUUGUUAAAUUCAAAAGAAUACAAGACAAACAUUGCUGACACCUUUCAAACCAUUGAGAGUUUGGAACUUUGAAGCCAAUUAUCUCAGAAUCAUCUUUUUGCAGGUAAUCGUUAGUCCCAAGCUCUCGAUUUCACAUGGGGUUUCUGCAAAUGAAUGAUACUGAAUGCCCGAGCUCGGAUUUACUAGGGCGACUUGCAGAGAUGACCCAUUUGUAGGUCAAUGGGAUAGGUGACCUGGCUAAUGCACUUAGGAUAAAUUAGCACUCCUUUUGUGCUGCUGCUGUGCGUGUGUGUGUGACCUUGUUUGCAUGUGCGUGGGUCGUUAAUUUAAACUCAAUGAAUUUCUUUUACAUCUGCUGCGAUGCCAACAGGGUCCAGCUGGAAAACAAUCAGGCAAAAAGCCAACGCAUCUGAGGCCAGUGAUUACAGUGUAAGCCUCUAAACAUACUGUAUGGGUUAUGUAGUAGUUUAUGGUCAAUGCUUAUGUUUUGACAUAGUGGAUGCAAUCCUGGAUCUCAUCCAUAUGUCACAAAUGUAAUGUCAGUCUUAAGAAGUGAAUGGAUAAAAACUCCAUAAUAUUAUGUGAGGUACAUGCACCUCAUCUGAAAAUGUUGGAAUAUGUUUGCCUUAUGCUUGUAGGUGUGUGUGUUUGUUUGUGGGGGAGUGUUUGCACGGAGUUUUGAUUCUUGUCCGUCCAGUGUGUAUCGGCGUGGAAAUGUAGUGAAGUGUAACAAAUCAGAUUUCUUCAAAUCAGAUUCCUCAGCUUCUUGCAUUUCAUGGAUGAUUUUUAAACUUCCCCUUUAUACAGUAAAGGAUUCCUGUUUUUUUUUUUUUAUAUAUGUGGAGUUCAAGAUCUGUACAUGCGUCAUGAAAUUAAAGAACAGUGUGAGAACAAG